AUGGUGAAGGUGGACAGCAAGGUCCGCAUCUUCCCUGAAGAACGGAUGGACCCUUCCUCCUCCAUCUGUACCAUGGCCGAGAUCGCCGGUGUUCUGCACCCCUGGUUCAACCAUCACUGCCGGGAUCCAGUAUGGCGGGGGUCUGAUUCUCAACAAGUGUGGAUUGGUCGGCGAUGCCGAGCAGAAUCUAGUGCCCCGCACGUUUCUGGAACACUCUAUUUCGCGCACGGUGGGCAUUAA